AUGGCACUCCAAGGCCCGGACUGGAUGCAAAACCUGCAAAGCCCGCCAUGUGAAAUUUGCAUUCUUGCAGGUAAAAUAUGUGGCGGUUAUGCAGACAACCCGAAACCCUGGAUAUUUGACCCUUGGAGCGACCGUGCCGAUCGUCGUUGCGAGAAUCAUGCUCCGACUGCUUUCUGCGGAGAACCUAUAUCCAUUGUGCGGCUCUCCGACGACGUGUUGACUUCGCCCUACAAGACACGCGAAGCUCGAGCUGCUUUGGAAUUCUGGCUACGGCUGACCACUCCAGCGGGUACCGACUGUCCGGCCGAUGUAAUUCGAAACACUCUCGGGUCUUAUAUUCCACAAGCGGCGUGGAAUCUGGAUAUUGUAAGGCACAGUUUACUCUCUGCUGCAUCCACAGCCCUAGUUCUGGAAGCUCGAGCUGCGAACAUGAGCCAGGAGCUCCAGUCAACAUUGUCGAAACAGUCCGUCAUUCAGAUGCAUAUGGCCAUACAAGCCAUCCUCAAAGAGAGACAACCGGCGUUAUCCACCGUACUGGCCGCGUUGCUGAUCGCCAUCGUAUGUGCCUGGACCGGACGCUGGGAGGAAUUCAAUCGACACAUCUAUUACUGUCGUGACCUAGGGCGUGACGUACGUAUGAAGGGCGAAUACGUGGAGGGAGACCUCUUGACUUCUAUCGAAACCAUGCACCUUGUUCUACAACCGUUCCCACCAAUGUCGGCCACGACGAGGAAAGCUCGAAUGGUAUAUGCAAUCUCGGUCGUUACCUCGGCCAAGGCCUGGAUCGAUGGGCUCCUGGCCAAGCUUGAGCAGCUCUCUGCAUAUGAGGCACUGAAGGUUGCAUUACGGGCCUACCGCAUGAGAAUGAAGUGGACGUUGUGGCGGUGGCAGAAGUUUUACUGUCCGGGCACAGAGAAAGCCAACCCGGUCAGCGUCGCAGGAUCGCCGUUUGGUCCAGCAGUAGCGCACAUGGAGCAGUAUCUACAAGACGACUCCGACUUCAAUUUGUCCUUGUUCACGACACAGGUAACGCUCGGCUUCAAGUUGACGCUGCUUUAUGGUGCCAGUGGGGAUGCUCAGAGAAUGCGGGAUACGGCCACCGCUUGCCACGCUCCAGUGCUGACGCUGGCUUCAACUCGCCCAUGA